GGGCACGGCCACAACAUGGCGGGGCGGGGGCCGCGCAUGCCCACAGCGGCCGCGCUCCUUCCUCCCCUCACCGCCACCGCGGGGCCGGGGGCCCGGCGGGCGCCGCCCGGGGGCGCCCGAGGAGCUCGGCGGUGGCCGUGUGGUGGCGGCGGGCGGAGCCGGGAGCCGGGCUCGGCUCGUUCCGGGGGCCGCGAAGGAGGCGGGCGGGGAGCGAUGGAGCGGCUGGAGCGGUGCAGCCGCUCGCUGCGCGCCGGGCUGGCGGCCGGGGCCGUGCGCCGCCGGCUGCCCUGGGUGCUGCUCGGCAUCGUCCUCCUCGGGUCGGCGCUGAAGGACGGCGACCUGGUGCCGGAGACGCCCAUGCAGAACAAGCGCAACCUGCUCAACGUAUACUUUGUCAAGGUGGCUUGGGCAUGGACGUUCUGGCUUCUGCUGCCCUUCAUCGGAGUUACCACCUACUUUUUUGCCAAGAGCAAGUUCCUCUAUGGUCCCACGAAGAGCAUUUUGACAGCUCUGCGGCGUCUUAGUGCACUGCUGGUGGGCACUGCCAUCUGGUACGUCUGCACCGGACUCUUCAUGUAUAUCGAGAAUCUCACCGGCAUGUGCUCUACCUCGGGUAAACACAACGAGCCUCACCGGCUGUACGCCACCAAGCAGGAGUGCCACCAGAACAAUGGGAUCUGGAAUGGUUUUGAUAUCUCAGGGCACUGUUUUCUGCUCUCGUACUGUGCUCUAAUGAUUGUGGAGGAAAUGGCAGUGCUGGAAGGCUUGUCCAUAGACCAGAACUCAAAGCUGCGUGUUGUGGUCAACAGCCUUUUUGUUUCCUUGUGUUUUCUCACCAUGAUCUGGGUAUUCAUGUUUGUGUGCACUGCCAUAUAUUUCCAUGAUUUCAGUCAAAAGCUUCUUGGUGCACUGAUAGGUUUGUCAGCUUGGUAUGUAACGUACAGAGUUUGGUACUUGAAACCCUUUUCUCCUGGACUACCUCUCCCAAAUAUACCUUUGAGUUCAAAGAAAUACAGCUACAGCAGAUAAAAGAAGUUUUAAACACUUUGAAUUUUGCUUUCAGUACUGGGGUAGUUGAAUAUAGGAAUGGUUACAGUAUUUCCACUGUAAGGAACAAGAUGAUGGGUUGGGGCAGAGAACAAUCUUUACUAGCUGAUGGCUGGCAGGUGGUAAUGAGCUUUGUCCUCAUGAGAAAAAAAAAAUGGUAUUGGAAAAGGUCAGCUCUUGUUUAGGAGUUUCUGGCUGGCAUUCUCAGCAAAGGAGUAAGAAGUUGGAUUUGUUUCUCUUACUGAUAAAUUGAGGAACAGAUCCUCUAAGACUGACAGAGGCCUUUGCUCGUUAGGAGCUUAACUGAUCUUAAGUCAAUUCUUUUUCUUCUCUCUUGGUUUGUUUUUGUCAAAAACUCCAGGGAUGAUCCAAACCUCAUAUUCUUUUUAAUGCUCUACUUGUAUUGCCUUAAGGGAAAUCUCUUGUAAUGAUAGUGCUGCUAAUUGUUGCGAUAGGCUUGGCCGAAAAUCUUCACUUGUUAAAGCAGCAUAGAGCUCAGUUGUGAAACUAGAACAUCUUAUGUUAUCAAACCAACUUGCCACAAAUUGUUGUUAAGAGGAUGCACAAUCUACAAGAAAAAGAGUGAACCUGACAUGUAAUGUCUCAAGCAGAUUGUGACUUCAAAUUCAUGCCUGCCUUUGGAAAGGAAACUCUUGAAUAACAAGUCUUCACUUUCUCCUUACAUGAAGUAUCUGUAGUCAAGUUUUGUCAUUUUAUUCUGGACAGAAAGCAAGUCAAAUACGAGACUUGGAGGGAUUAUUUUUAUUUUUUUAAUUUUGCAAAUUGAGCACCUUACAAUAAAGAGUAUUUUCUAGUAUGUUUCUCCCAGAAGAACAAUGAAAUUCUGGUGUUACAAACAUGUUGGCUUAAGCUGCCAUUUUCUGAAUAUUAUGCUUGGAAACGAAUGAAACAUAUCAUUUAUCCUAAGAGCUGCAAAACAGUGUGCUUGAAGCAAUAUUUAUUCUUGCUUAUCCAGGCGUAUCAAUAAGCUGCUUAAUUUUGAUUGCACCUGAAGUUGUGGCCACUUCUGUUGUGGUUGGGAAGCCACUACUGAAUAAAACACUACUGUUGUGUAAUGAAUAGGUAUGAUAUGGGAUGGGUUUACUCAUCAUAUCAAGCAAACAUUUAGCAUAGUUUUUAUCUGGAAAAGCUUUUUAUUAUUUCAUAAAGGCUUAUUCAUGUCGCAGUUGCACAAAACUGGUCUGACGGUUGUAAAGAUGAGCGAGACAGUCCAGAAGGUCUGUAGGCAAGGCUGUAGAAGCGUCUGUUGAUCCGAUAGUGGACAUGAUCUGUCUGCAAUGUUUGAUUAUUUUGCUGAAUAUAGAUUAUGAUGUACCAUAGUCUAAUCUCGGCACAUUAUUUUGCCAUCUCAACAUCUCUUUUCCAGCAAGUGAGUGGAAGUAUUUGCAGUAAAUACAAUGAUAUUAAUUCCACUAUUGGGCCUGCCUCUGAGGAAAACUGAAUUCCCUUGAAUUCAGUGGCAAGUGGGAGUUGCACAUCCUCAGAAAGUGCAAAUCACCUUUCAGAAAGAAGCUCUUUCAGGAGAUUAUGUAUUUUCUGUCAAGUGUGCCCUUUUGUUUUUGGCAUUAAACUGCAGUUAAACUGACUCUUUGGGAAAUUUGUACUGACUAACUCAUAUUGGGUUUAAUUAACAAUGUAGAUUCAUUUGCAGACAUUCUUUUGAUGUAAUAUAAGCCUGCUCCCAAUUGAGUUAAGCUAGUCUGCAAGUAACUUUGAUCAUGAAAAAGGAUUAUAUACCCAGGUCUUCUGAUUAAUUUCACUACAUUUAAGUUUCUAUUUUAGGUUAUCUUUGUGUAACUUUGCUACAUAGACAAGGCCUAAUAAUAGGAAAUGCUAUUUAUUUAAACUAACAGGGCUUGCUGAAAUUAUCUUCAGUGCCACCAAUGUUUUGUGUGAUCAGAUCACUAUGUGGAUGUUUCUGUGCACUUCAGACCAGUGUCAUACAAACUGUUUAUUAUAAAAUAAUGUGGGAUAUGGCUGCUCUCAAAAUUUAAACAAUGAAAGAAAAAUACUUAAACCUUAUCAGUGUUGGUGUCUUUGAGGAUGUUUCUGGGGUCUGUGAAGAUACUGCUGCUGCUCUUCAUUUCCCUGAACAAUCCAGCCUUCCAGUUGUGGUUGUUUUUUUGUUUGUUUGCUUUUUUUGUGGCUGUUGAGAUGCAGGAUUAUCAAAUCACAGUCUGAGCACACAGUAUUUGAAUGAGGUUAAUAUGGCACAAGCUCUCAAAUGUACAAGGUUUAAAAAAACAAAAACAAAACCUGCUAAAUGCAAGAUUCCUAAUGUGUGCCUGUUACGCCAUGCAGCUGAUUAUUUAGACACCAACAGUUGCUCAUCAUAGCAAAAUGAAAGCCUAAUCCGCUGAAAUCUAUGGAAAAGUUCCCAUGCACUGUAAUACUCCUUAGGAGUUUGAAAAUCAUGGCCUGCGUGUCUUUCUCAGUGCCCAGAGACCACGUGCUGACUGUUACCUUAGGUUUCCUCAUGCACCAGGCCACCUUUUUGUGCCUUUUGACUUUAUUUCUGUUAACUGGAAAUCAAAGGUGCAUAUUUUCUGUUUGCAUAUGUGCUGUCACCUUUACCUGACUUUCUUCUCCCCACACUUUUAUCAUUAAAAUAACAAUGUGGGCUCUAUUAGAAAUUUUCAGCCAAAGAAGAAACAAGGCUAUGAAUAACUGGAGUUGAGGGCUUCUACCAAACUGCCAGAUCCUUUCUUUCAAUUAUCAACAGUUACUCUUAAUUUGUUUUAAAAUUUUGGAAUAAAACAACAUCAUCUAAAGGUAAAUGUUCACAUUCUGUAGUGGAUUCCAACAGAGAACUAUAAUAUUGAGAAACAAUUGAGUUUUGGUUUGGUUGGUUUUGGUUGGUUGUUUUUUAUUUAUUUAUUUUUUGCAUUAAAGUUAGUUCAGCACAGCAUUUCUCUACUUCCACAGAAUUGUAUUUCCAUGUUUGUAGAAUUACAUAGAGAAUUUUUCUCUGCAGCAUCUUACUGGCUUAUUACUUGUUUUAACAUAAGUUUGCUAAUUUUUCAUUGCAUGCGAUUAAGUCUAGCUUGUUUUGCAGGCUCUUUAUCUCUGCUUUCACAAAAGUAGCAUUUAGCCUGAGUGAUGCAGUUGAUGAUCUUGGUCUUGGUGUCUUAGAGGUUCUCCUCUGAUGGAGCCACUAAAGUCUCAACUAGAACACAGGGGGAAGUUUAAAUGGAUUAGGAUUCAUUUCACUCUUCACUUACCUGGGACUCGUUCAGCUGUUCGCAUCACGGGAGGCAAGAUCAGGCAAACAGGAAGGCUUGAGUCUUGUAAAAUCCAUUCGAACAGUUCAGGCUUCAAGCAUACCUGAAACUGGGGGUUUUGAUUCUUCCUCAGUGUCUGUUCACAGCAGACUUGUUCUGUAAAUCACAGAAUGGCUGAGGUUGAAAGGGACCUCUGAAGAUCAUCUAGUCCAAAACACUUCACUGGUGCUAAAUUCCUGGUGUCCCCAUUUUUUUGUGUGCAUGGGCUGAAGCUUGGGUCAUGGAGCAGCCACAAGAAUCGAAUCCCGUUUUCUGUUUUGAUGCAAGGUAAUUUGUGACAACGUGAGCAAGGCCCAGUUAUGUGUGGUGGUGCACUUUUAACUGAAAAACUGUAGGGGCUGCUGUGAUAUAUUAAAUGCCUUGGAAAAUCAGCCUUUAGUUCUGAACACAAAUAUGCAGCUGCUUUUCUUAGUAAAAUAAUACCCAUUUUUUCACUGUAGCUUAAAGCCCAUCCCUGCAGCUUCUCUGCAAUCAGCCUUUUCCAGCUCUUUGCUUUUGAUCAGCCCAUGUUUAUCUCUGCUCAUUCAAACCUGUUUCCUAGGAUUAUUUCUUUUCAUAGUUUCAUCUCAGCUCCUGGGGUGCAGAUUAGUAAUAAGCGCUCCUUACCUCUGCUAAAUGCUUGCUUUCUCCCUUUAUGUUGUCUUCCCCUCUUUUAAGUAUUUUGUCAAAGCUUAAGACAAAGGUAAUUAGUACUAGCAAUAAAGGCUGUUGUGGCUCUGAACUCAUAAUUAACCAUUGUUAAAAGGAGUUGGACAGUCACUGUAAUUUUUUACCUGGAAAACGCACGCUGAAUUUAUUGAAGCAGGAGUAAGUCUGAUGUGCCUGAACUCCUGGAAGGAAAGAAGGUCACUUGAGAGCACCACUCAAUGCAUUAGUAGUUAGCUUUUUCUUUUUUCUUAGGGACAAGCACUGCGUUUUCUGCAGGGUAGUUUUACCUGGGUAUUUAGCAGAAAAUUACUAAUUCAUUUGAACGUGAGAUGGGGACCUCAGUGCCUUAAGUAUACAACGACAAUGUAGAGGUGGCUAGUUGGGAAAUGAGAAAUGCAAAUGACUGUCAGGAUGGAGAGCAAUCCCUGAAAUUUCAGGCAACAUUUAGUCUGAAAGUUUUUUUUUUUAAAUCUGCCCUCCGGCUGUCAUGAACCACAAGCAAUGCCACGUGCUUUGUAACAAUCUGAGCAAUGUUUUCUGUAAAGCUUUGGAACUGUAAUGUGGCACAGAAAAUAAGCGGCAUGAAGAGCUUUACUAGCUUUUCAGGAGAGUUGAACAUCGAGGGAAAGGAGUACUCAUCAAAAUGCCCUUUCUUGGUCAGGCUUCUCCUGAAGAUGUACCCCCUGGCAGGAGAUCUGCAGUUGUACUGCAUGCCUCCCUAGUGGUAUAAGGCUGAAUAAAGAAAAGCUUGGAAUAAAAGUAAA